ACCUAUUAAGUAGGGAGUCACGAAUCAUGCCGACGGCCAAGACGCCCGUGAUAUCGUCGUCUUCCGAGCCCACAGAGGCCGCGAGUCUCGGCAGCAGCAGCAAAAACGACAAUGAUGGAUUCCAUCGCGCCAGAAGAGGCGAGGUAGCGGGUGAUGAGACAGCUAUCGAUGGGUACGACGCGGAGCGCAUGCGGGCGCGCACGGCGCUGACGGCCGACGAAGAGAAGAAGCUCAUCCGGAGGAUCGACUGGCACCUGAUGCCGCUUUGUUCUAUUAUUUUUAUGUUUAAGAACUUGGAUGCGGAUAAUGUCUCGAACGCGAGGAUCAUGAACAGAGGAACUCCUCAGAAUAUCAUGACGCAGCUGGGCUUGACUUCGGAUGAAUACGCCUUAGUUGCUGUACUGUAUUAUAUACCGUAUAUCAUUGGAGAGGCACCUUCGAAUCUGUUGCUCAAAAAGUUCUCGCCUUCGCAUUGGCAAUCGAGGAUUAUGCUUACAUGGGGCAUUAUGCUGGCGUGCCAUGUCGCGGUCAAGAAUAAGGAGGGCUUGUUUGCGACAAGGUUUCUUUUGGGGCUGGCGGAGGCGGGGAUGUUUCCAGGGAUAAUAUUGCAGAUGACAUACUGGUACAGACCGGACGAGAUGUCUCUUCGCCUUCUCUAUUUCUAUAUUUGCGGGAAUCUGAGUGGUAUCUUCGGUGGUAUCCUCGCAUUUGCCUUCGAUCGCAUAUCAGGGGCAGGGGGUUUAUCUGGGUGGCAAUGGCUAUUCUUGGUGGAAGCUAUAGCUACCAUCAUCGUUGGAGUUGCCGUCUGGUUUCUCUUACCAGAUUUCCCCGAGACGGCAUCUUGGCUCACAGACAAAGAAAAAGCAUUCAUCCAAGCCCGUUUACCUGCGAACGCGCCCAGAGCCGCAGAGAACGACUUCAAGUUUAGCGAGAUCGUGGAAUCCCUGAAGGACAAGAGGCUGUGGCUCUUUACUUUCAUAUGGGCUUUCUUCACGGUCGGGACGUCAGGGGUACGCUUCUAUCAGCCGACGGUCAUCGCGGACCUUGGUUUUACCACCAUCGCGCAAGCUCAACUCCUAAACCUUCCCAUCACCAUCCUCGGGCUCCUCGUAAUCGGCGUCUCGGGCUUCUUCGCCGACAACGGACGACUACCACGCCCCGUGUACCCUCUCACCUUCCUGACCAUCAUCCUGGCGUGCUACGGGGUGCUGGUGGCGUACCCGGGCACGGGCGCCGUGUACGCGGCGACGAUGAUCGGCAACGCCGUGACGAGCGCGUGGUUCCCCAUGAUGUGGCCGUGGCGCGUGCAGACGACGAGCCGCGCCACGGGGUCCGCCUUCUCCAUCGGCUUCGUCAACAGCUACGGCCAGAUCGGCGGCGCCAUCGGCCCCCAGAUCUUCCGGAGCGCCUACGCGCCCCGCUACCGGGUCUCGUUCGCCGCCGCUAUGGCCCUCGUCGCCUGCUGCAUCGCGACGACGCUGCUCACGUGGUACGUCACCCGCCAGACGGAGCGGGACACGCGCAGGCUGAAGCUCGCGAGGCUGGCGGCUGCGAAGCGCGAUGUUGCGAUUUUGGAUGAUGUGGUGGAUAACGAUUUGAAAAAGAGAGGCAACGCUACUACUACUACUGCUGCUGCUGCUGUUGGUGGUGUAUGA